AUGUUUCCUCAGCCAUCCACCCCUCGCCACCUUUACACCGCCCAGUCCGCCGUUCUAUGUGAGCCUAGGUAUCCGCCCAGCAACUGGACUAAACAUUCAUGAUUUCAGCCAGUCCAAGUCCAGCUAAACUGUCGCAGAAUCACGGCUUCAGUGUGGAUUCGUCAGCAUAUCAGCAGGCCAUCGAUCGCCGCAAGGGAUUCAGGACUCGCGGGUCGCUGGUGGGUUACUGUAACUUUAUUUUUGGAGUUUUACAGCUUUUUUGAGGUUACGGUACCGUACAGUUUUUGAGGUUUUUGUACGAUACAGUUUGUGAGUUUACUGUAACUUUUAAAAUUAAAAAAUUUUUUAAAAUUGCGAAACUCCGUUAACUUUUGGCUCUAAGAUUAGGUAUUGAGUUACCCUGAGGCAGCUACUGUUACACGGUACUCUGAGAAGGAAUCUAUUUUCGCCUGAGGGGAUCUUUUGUUUUAUUUCGUAGCCAAAAAUACGACGACAAUAGAUUGGUUACCAGUAAACAAUUAGCAUUAACUUGUAACGAAAUUAGACAGGAUUCUUACUGUAACAAAUCAAUUCAAAUUUGAAUUAAUUUUUAAAUUUUAAAAACAUUUUUGUACAGUAUGUGAAUUGAAAGUUACAAAAAGUUACAGUAAACUUAAAAAAAUAUUUCAAAAUACAGUAUACCAAGUUUUGUGUAAAACUCGUAUUUUGUAAUACUCAAAAAGUACCCUAAUUUUCAAAAGACAAGGCUUUAAAACUUUAACUGCACGGUGCAAUGGUUUAAACUGCACAGUGCAAGUUUUUUCAAAGAUCUGCACGGUGCAAGAACCCUUUGCUUUUAAAGAAACACUGCACUGUGUAGUCGCUCUGCACCGUGCGGAUCUCCGAAAAACUUCUCAUUGCCAACUGCACAAUGCAGCCUUCUUUGAGUUCGCGACGUCAGCGACAGAAAAUGCACCGUGCAAAUUCGUCAAGUUUGUCGCAAAAGCCAUUUCAUUUGCGACAGUCGGAAAACGUCGCCACGGCCAUCUUUGCAGACGCAGUCACUGUCGCUGCGACAAAGUUCUUUACUCUUGUGAAUGCGACUCAAUCAUUUGCGUCGCAAGUCGCAAAACGUUGUCGCGACCGUCGCUCAAUUUCUUCCAAUUUGCGGCAAAAUGUCUUUCAACUUGGAAACAGCGACAAAAGUUGAAAAAAUUUCAAUUUGAAAAAGUUUUGUCGCGCUGAGAGUUGAGCGAUAAAUUUUGUAAUUAACGACAACUGAUUGGAUCUUGCGACAUUGCACCUUGAAUCUGACUGUCGCAUAGGCAAAGCGCAGCGACAAAUUGUCUUGUCGCUUUUGGAAGGCGAUGAGACUGUUUGUCGCUGCAUUAAUGAUUUACUCGAUGGAAGGUUUGCGACAAAAUUUUUUGACUGUCGCAAGUGGAGGGGUCCUUGCGAAAAACCGACAUUGAGGAAUUUUAGCCAUUGCACCGUGCAGUCUUUGUGUAAACUGCACGGUGGAGUGGUUAGGGAAGGAUUUUGCACGGUGCAAUGGUAGGGAAAGUUACUUUGCACAGUGCAAUGACAGACAAAGGGUUUUGCACGGUGCAAUAAGGGGGACGAAGGGUUCUGCACAGUGCAGUGGUUAGGAAAGGGUUCUGCACCGUGCAAUGGCAGGAAAAGUUACUUUGCACAGUGCAAUGACAGACAAAGGGUUCUGCACGGUGCAGUCUUUCAAAAGCUUUACGUUGCACUGCGCAGUGUUAAAUUUGUUUUUAAAGUUACUGAUAGUAUUGUUUAGGGUCCUACGAUCGCCUCAGCACCAUCAGUCGAACAAGAAGACUACCGCACGCCGCGGGUGUCUGUAACAUCAGUUAAAAAUGGCAAAAGUUUCGAUUUGGGAGCGGCCGAACGAGGACCUCGAGCUUCUGAUUCCAAUGGUCUUAUCAAGGUAGGGUUUUUUACAGUUAGACAUGAGAAACGGGCCUAACUUUCAGGCCCAGCCUGAUCAGAAAAUUUCUAGGCCUGGCCCGUUUUAAAAAUUUUUGAAAAUUUUAAAAUUUAAAAAGUAAACAUAGUAUCCAAUAAAAUCAAAAAACAUCAAUUUAAAUAAACAAUUUUAAAAAAUUUUUUAAUUUUUUUUCAAUGUGCAUUAGUACUGUAGCCGGAGGGCGUUUGGGAGAGAAGCGAAACUGUGUAGUUUAAUAUUUCAAAACAAACAAGUAAGGCAAAGAUUGGGCCAACUGUUUUCUCUUUAUUCGGGACUCAUUAAGGACUUUUUGGCUGCCGUCUUGGCUACUCCAAUCUCUUCUGGAUUAUCAGCCAAGUUCAGCCGGCUUCCUCCAUUUCUCGCCUUAGGGCUUCGCUCGAGAUUAGGGUUGGAGGGGAGAUACGGCUGGACUGGAAUUCAUUGUGUAAUAAGGGGGUUGUAUUUUAAUAUAUUAGCUGUUUUAUGACAUUUUAUAUCGGUUGUUAAGGGGAGGGUUUUAAAAAAAACUUUAAUUUAAGAAAGGUGGGGAGGAGUAGACGUCAAAAAAAUUUUUUUGAUACAUGAGUUACAUGUGGAUCUAUUUCUCGAAUACCGGUUUGGUGGGGUUGAUUCACAUCCGCCCCUUCCUCCCCUUGCUAGAAAUGAGGAACGGGCCGGUCCCAAUUUUCAGGUCCGUCCGAUAAAAAUUUUGCUUAGGUCCGGCUUGUUCCUCAUGUCUACUCCUAGCGACAUCUGUGGGGUAUAGUUAUUACUCAGUUUCACUUCCCUAAAUUGACUUUACUUUUUUUUGAUUUUGAAUUAUUUUUAAAAUUUUAAAAUUAUUUUGUCGCAUUCCGAAUGAAUUUUAAAAUUCAAAAAUAUAUUAUAGUUUAAACACUGACCAAGCACUACAAACACUUUGAAAUAGUUAAGAAAACAGGUAUUACACUUCUCCCCCCCCCCUUUCAUAACUUGAUGUUAUUUAUGCAGCACCCUUAAGCGUUGUUUUCCCUUACCUUAACUACAUUACCCUACUACGUUACAUAUAGCACAAUUCUCAGAUUAUAAAUAAAAAGGGGCGGACUGUUCCCAAUGUCCGCGACACCAGACUAACACCUAGACUGAAUGGCGGCCGAGCAGCGAGAACGGAGAGCGUCGUCCAUCCAUGAGGUCACUAAUCUUUUCUUAAUGCUCUAGGCAAUGAGGUUUUAAAACUGAUUUUAGCUUUAGGGAGUUGUGUUUUAAAGAUCAUUUUAGACUACUUAAAACUUAUUUUUAGAUUUAAAGUAUACGUUAGGUUGUUCAAAUAAUUCCGUGUUUCCUAACCCCAAAAGUUUUCAUUGAGAGAGGGCACAAAAUUAUUUGAACGAACUAUUAUAACAUGACAGUUUAAUACUGAUCUGCCAGCUCAUUUUAGAAGCUGCAACUUUAUUUUUUAAGUUUAGAUAGUACGAUAAUUGCGAUGCUAAAAUUGCUUUACAGACGUAUUUUACACGACAUUUUUUAAAAAAUUUUUUAGAAAAAAUUAAAUUUUAUGAAAAUUAUUUUGCCUUUUUACCUUUAACCCUACGUUACUAUCUAAAACUACUUUUUUUUGGAACUUUUAGGCUUAAAUUACUUUCUAAACUAUAGAGUUACAUAUGUUGCUUUACUUAAGUAAUCUUAGGUUUAAUUUCUUUUUCAGACCAAUUUUAAGGUUUCUAUUUAUAUUUGGCACUGUGUGAACCUCAAAGUUCAACAAACUUUUUUGAAAAUUCAAAAAAAGUGUCAUUGUUUAAUGUAAUGGUUUAAUAUAGUGUUCACUGUAAGAUAAUAAGCUCAAAAAUAUAAAUUAAACUAUGGUUGUUAUACAUAUUGGUAAGACAGCUAAAAAUAUAAUUAAAAAUACUAAAAUUGAGUAUAAAAAAUAUUUUAGGUUACAGUUUCAAGUUUUUUAAGAUGGUUAAUAUAAUUUUUGCUCUUUAGGUCAGCGCCGACUUCCUCCGACUUCAUGGCUCGCGACAACAGUUCAGGAACUUACUUUCGGCCAGGAAAAAGCUUGGCCAGAUGCCACCGGCCUACACCAGAAUCGACUACAGUCACGAUUCAUUUGACUCAUCAGGUAUGGGUUACUGUACAUUGGCUAAAUUUAGUUUUAGUUUAUGAUUGUAAAAUACGGUUUUUAUGACAUCUUUCAGGUUUUUGAAAGGAAGUAUUAUAUAGUUUUUGAGUAGUAAAGGUUUAAAAGUACAAGUUUAAACAAAAUUUUUAAAAUUUUAAGUUUGAAACAUGACAUAACACUACCUUUUACAUAGUAAAGGUAGAAUUAUGUCAAAAGAAUAUAAGGAGAAUGUUAUAUUUGUUCGAUUACCAAAACAAGUCUAAUUACUUUCACUUCAGCCGGUAAGGGAUUGCCAUUUCAAGGUCCGGUAAUUACAAUCGAAGACACGGCCGUGCCCAAGGGGCCAUCGUGCGGGCUCAGUAGCGCCGUAUCUUCAUGUCCAGAGAGUCAACGGUCUUCCAUCGAUGAUAGAGUCGCUGAGAAUGGGUUACUGACCUCACCCAUAACUCCAACACCUGUCAACAACAACAACAAUGUCUUGAACCGGAAUAACAGUCGGUAAGAUAGGAUGCCAAGAGAUAUGGUAAAAUACGCUUGGCAUUUUGUAAAAUACGAAUCUUAUUUAAAAGUACAGGUUAUAAAAGUUACAAUUUAAUGUGUAUAGAAAGUUAAGCAAGAUACGAUGUAUAGUAGGCAAAGUUAUGGAAAUGUUACGUAUAUAUCUUCGUAAAAUACACAGUAAAAUUUAGUUACUGAGUAUUUACGGAGAUACACGUGCAUGUAUCUAAAAUAACAUAAAAGAGAUUUACAUUAGAAAGGUUAUGUAUAAUAUAUACUAUGAACAAAAACAUAGUAAGUUGCAAUAAUAGUAGUGUUAUGCAUAUUUAAUGCAGUACACAUUUUGUAAAAUGCAAUAAAUAUGUACAUACAUACAUAUUAAGAUACAGACAAACAAAGUAUGAAAGACGUAUUAUGACACAAAGAUAUUAAAACAGCAACUUUUGAAAUGAAACACUAAUUUUAAAAUAAUUGAAAUAGCAUCAAAAAUAGUUCAAAUUACAGUACUUACAAUCAUAUAUUACAGCUACGGCGUUCCCAUCGACGAUGCGACAGUAAAAAUGAUCUACAAGAUACGAUCACAACGUUUGAAUACCAGAGUAAAAAUCACUGAUCGAUGUUUGAUCUUGGCCAUAAUUGGGGUUCUAUUUAUGGGAUUGGACUCUGAAAUGAACAUUAUCGGUGUUACCAAGGUAUCAUACUAUUACAUAUAGCGUUAUGUAAAUUAUAUUUAUAUAGAGGUUAUGUAAAGCAAAACAUAUUAUGUAUAUUACAAUGCAUUAAAAGGUAUUUUGAUGCAAAAAUAAUGGCGUAUACUUUCAGAACGAUCUGAUCUCGAUCUGUUUUCGUACUUUUGUCAUCUUUUCAACAUUAACUUUACUGGUCGAGAUUGUUCAUUACCACGUCAACGAGAUCAUGGUAUGUUCAGAUAUUUUUAAAACUUAUCGUUAUCUUACUGUAAAAUGUUUUUUAUAUUAACAAUGUAAUUACAGCUAGAUCUGAUCGACUGUGGAGCAGAUGACUGGCGUGUCGUAUGUACAUGGCGUCGUAUCUCUCGGUUUAUAAUCGAGUUUCUACUCUGUGCACUAUGCCCAUACCCAAGUACUGGUACUGUUGAGUGGUGGUUCGUGGAGCCAUCUCGAACAUGUACACAUACUUUUGUGAUACGAGAAGUACCCAUCGAUUUACUUUUGUCGCUAUUCAUGUUGGGGAGAGUGUAUCUGGCUGGAAGGUUUGUGGUGUUACACAGUAAACAGUUCCAGGUAAGUAGUAUAUUAUAUAUGUGAUAUAUUUACUGUUACACCUUUCUUAAGUACUGUAAUCUGAGUAGAUAUAGUCUUUUUAUUGUAACAUAAGUAACGUAUAUCUCUUUACAGGACGCUUCCACCCGCACCUUAGCGGCCUUGAACCGUAUCCAAGUCAACUUCACCUUCGUCAUGAAGUCGUGGCUAGACCAGCAUCCGAUGCGAUGUCUCUCGCUGUUCCUUCUGGUCUUCUGGUUCACGUUUGCUUGGACGUUCGUCCAAUGUGAACGUUUUGGCAGAGAAGAGGAGGCCAAAUGGCUGAUGUAUUCGAACGCCUUGUGGUUUAUCGCUUCUACCUUCAACGGUAACGGAUAUGGUGAUGUUGUGCCUAAGACUACAGCUGGCAGAAUGAUUGGCAUCUUUGUGGGACUUACUGUAAGUUUUUACUAUGGUAUUUGGGAUCUGAAAAGAUAUUAAAAUAUAUUAUGGCAGAAAAUGUCAGAAAUUUUUAAAAUGAUGUUUUUGUAACAUAUGGUGUGGUAAUGAUUAUAUGGUAUCUAUAUUAUUGUUUUUGACUUAAAAAUUAUUUUUAUCACCGGAAUAUUGUUAUAAUACAGUAAUAACACAUUGUUAUACGAAUAUAUUGUGCUAUUUUGGUACUUCUUUACAAUUCCUUGUUGUGAUUAUUAUAGUAGCUAUAGAAAUGAAUAUAAAGCUGCAGUAAAAUACUAGAUAAUACCGUUAAUUGAAGCGUCACAGACUCACUAAUCUCUAUAAUCCAAACAAACAGAAUGCCAAAGGCUUUGAAUACCUUGUGCAAAAUUAAAUUUAAAUUAUUGACAAUUUAAUUUAUUGUUUUAAACCUAACACUUUAUCCAUGAGGGUUGAUUAAGACCUUACUUUAUCUUAACUUAACGUAACAUUAACACUUUACCUAUAAUAUCAAUAUAACAUCAAUAUUGUUAUAGGGAGCGAUAAUAUCCUCGAUUCUGAUUGCCGUCAUCUCACGGAAGAUCGUGUUGUCCUCAGGCCAAAGGAAUGUGAACAACUUCAUGAAUGACUCCAGACUGACCAUUGAACACAAGAAUGCGGCAGCUCGCGUCCUACAAAAGACAUGGCACAUCUAUAAGAAUCUGCAUUCAAAUGACACUGGGGAUCGACUUCUGAGGCGACAUCAACGAGAGUUCUUGAACGCCAUACACAGGUCAGUACUAGUUUAUAAAGAUUUGACAGAACCUUAAUUUGAGGCACUUUGCCAGCCAUGACCAAGCUUGACUUAAGAUAUUGUGAAUAGUGAGCAGUAGAACUGUUGUGAAUUUAUAUUUUUUAUCGCAAAUGUAUGUGGUUCUUGAGGGUUUUUCAAGCAGAAUGCAUUAUUAUAGGGCUGAAGAUGAAGGUCUAUUAUAAUAAUCAUAUUUGUAGUUUCCGAAAGGUAAAGAACAAGAUCAGAAGCUUUAAUGAGAGCAACGACGUGUCGUCUCAGCAAGCUACACGGGUAUGUUAAUAUACUUUCACUCUUAACUUGAUUAUUAUAAGGGGACGUCUUAUAGGAAGACAAUAUUUUUUAGAAAAUUCUAGUAUUCUUUACAUUUUUAUCGUUUUUCAUAAGUAAACACCUUCAAAUGCUACUUUUAGAUACCUAAACUAAUAUAAAAUAACUCUUCUUUCAGUUGAUGCUGGAGAUGCACACGAACAUGCUGAAGCUGAUGAACACGCAAGAAGACAUGCGCACCCAGAUGGAGGUUAUGCAACGUGCCAUCCGCAAUCACUUCACUCAUCAGCACGCCGUCACGAUAGCGGCUCAAGACUAA